CCAUCACAAUCCAACAUCAAUGCAGUCCCUCAGGGCACGAGAGCUGACUUUCGACCAGGGCUGGUCACAUGCAUGCCUGCAACCCUCCAUUCUAGCAGAGGCCGGGUUCCACUUUACACCACUCAACCCAGGCGACGACACAACCACCUGUUUUGCCUGUGAGAAAUCGCUCGGCGGGUGGGAAGCAGGCGAUGAUCCACUACUUGAACAUGUUAAGCACAGCAGUGCGUGUUGGUGGGCAUUACUUAUGAUGCAACAACGCACACCGACUUUAGCACCACAAGGUCCACAAAUGACGGCUGCGCGUGAAGCGUCUUUUAUGGGAUGGCCGUAUGAGAAGAAACGGGGAUGGCUUAUCAAAGCAAAGAAGAUGGCCAAAGCAGGCUGGCACUAUGCACCGUCAGAAGAGAGCCAAGAUGCAGUCGCGUGUUUAUACUGUUCUACGGAACUAGAUGGAUGGGAACCAAAAGAUGAUCCACUCAAGGAACAUGAAAAGCGCGCUCGAGACUUACAGUGCGCCUUUUUCACGGGUCUCGUUGACACGGCUGCUGUCGUCCAAGAUACGGCAGCUGUUAAAGGACCUGUCGUUGCAGACAAAGUGUCAACGACGCGACGCGGUCGUAACAACUCGGUGACGACGAUCCAGUCAGACACAACAGACGUCUCUACCAUUGCUUCCAUCGCAAUCGCCGAAGCAUCCGUCAAGCGACAAAAGGGCGGAAAGCGCAAACUCCUCAAGAGUAAAACAAGACUAGACCAAGACAUCGUCCCUGAGCCAGUGAUUGAAGUGGAUGACGAGGCUGUCAGUGCUGCUGCCAAGGCGGCCAUACCUAUCGUCUUACAAUCUGCUCGCAAGAAACGAAAAAGUGAUGUUGCCUUUUUGUCGUCAGAUAAAGCAGCAGUCAAUGGUGAUGCGGAAACGCAUUCACCGUCAGCAAAACGACAAUGCAACCAAGCGGGCCCGGUGAGACGAUCAAGGCGAAGCGGAAGUACGUCAGGCUUGUCAUUGUUUGCACAAGCGCUUCUAUCACCGGAACCGGAGUUGUCCGUUGUUUCUCAACCUUCGUCGACUAGGAAACGCGCUGUUCGCUCGAGCUCCAAGACGCGUGGUCGUACGGGACGCAAGGCACUGGAAGAUUUGGAGGAGGACGUUGCCGGCCCCAUCAUCGUCGAUGCAAUUGAAGAGCAUGUUGAAGAAGAACCAGUCAUGGCGAAAUCACAAGGCAAGAAGAAGAAGAAGAUCAUCGAAGAAGAUGCUUUUAAUCCUGUCCUGGCAGAAGUGGCACCUUUGAAGCCGGCUACGAGCUUGCCUGAGCGACGACGCUCGACAAGGAGAAGCUCCGUCAAUGCUACUCAGCAGGCGAGUAUCUCGAUCAAACAAGAAACAUCCUUUUCUGCAGCAACCCUGCCAGCACUCGAGGAAGAAGCAGUCCAAUCCCCCAAAAAGUCUCAGCAGACUCAACGCCGUCAAUCAAGAUCGUCGACGCGCCAAUCCUUGACUGCUGAACCCGUCGCUUCUCUUACUUCUCUAGGACCAUCCAAGCGAUCUAGUAGUGCACAACGACGCUCUUCUACGCGACGCGGAUCUGGUGCGACGAUGGGCAGUUUGUUCCUCGAAGACAUCCUUUCCUCAACGCGUCACGGUGGAUUCAGCUCCCAACCCAUUGCCCAGCCGGUCGUCUUGGAGGAAGAAAAAGAAGUCGGAGACAUGAGUGAGAUGCCCCUUGCUCCGUCCAGAUUGACUACGAAACCUGCACGAAAACGUACGUCUCGCAUGGUUGCAUCGUCUGUGGUACUACAAGAGGAAGACCUCGAUAGCGGCAACAGCAGUUUCGCAAGUGCCUACUCAUCAUUGAGCACUCAGCCUGCUUUCGUCGACCAGACGAGUGCUCCGCCAGCAGCAGCCAAACGGCGUCCGUCACGCGGUGCCUCUCAAGUUGCCAAGAAGAUCAUUGAGCAACUUUCGGAUGAGGAGGAGGAGAGGAAGAAGCCUGUUCAGACUGCCGUUGAGCGUGUUCGACGACGUGCUUCUCGCGCCUCUUCAACAGUCCCGCAAGUCUUUGUCGAUGCAAGUUCUCAAUUCCCACCACAAGAGACUGUUCCUACUGCAUCCGAGACGGUCAUUGAAGUCAUUGCUGAAGAAUGUGAAGACGUUGUUGCGAAAAAGGCUCCGGUUGCACGAAAAGUCAAGGGCGCUGCAAAAGUCAAAGUGCCGAAGAAACGUUCCUCUGUGCCGACUGCUCCAUUGCAGGUCGUUGAAGCGGAUGCAAUCCGCGAGCCUGCGGAUCCUGUGUCUCUGCCUAGUCUCGCGGAGGCAGAGCUGGAGCCAUUGGCCGUGACCUCACCAGCGCCAGUCAUCCCAGAGACUAUCUCUCCAACGCAUCCUCUAUCACAACUUGCACAGUCAAAUGUCAAGAUUGUAUAUGGUACGCCUGAACCGGGAAGUAGCCUGCCCUCUGAAGAAGUCAUCUUACCAGCCAAACAACCCGCCAAGCGUCGUAAAGGCCGCGUCAUCCAAUCACUUUCAACAACAGAGGAAGUUGGUUUACCCCUGCAAGAACCCGUUGAUGAAAUCAUACCAGCGCCUGUCUGUGCACCCAAAACAAAACGCGGAUCAGGCAUUAGUAAAGGAGCACCGAUUGUUCGACGGACUUCGUCGAGGCGUGGAUCAAGCAAUGCGGGUGGUACUACGCUUGAAGAGAUUGUCGGUGCUGUCAUGUUGGAUUCGAAGGGUAAGUCACGCUUACAACGGAUCAAGAAGAAGCCUGUUGUUGCUGAGCCUGUGAUGCUGGAGGAAGUUGUGCCGGAAGAGUUGGAAGCCAGGCAGCCUGACAAGGAAGAAGCCUCGCUCGCGGUACUCGUGCCGGACGUUGAAGCGACUGCGACCACUGAACCCGCUGAGGAGGUUGUCAAGGAAGUCUCACCAGUUUGCGAAGAUAUUGCGUUAUCCUCCGUCGCAGCAGACAUCAUCAUGGAGGAAGAAGAGGAACAGGAGGUGCCCACGACCCCUGUCAAGCCAACGCCUACCAUGAUCCAAGGCACACCCAUUCAACCCAGUGCAUGGACAGAUAUUCCACGCGAUCUCUACGACGCAUCCACCAUGCUACAACCUGAACAGAUCUGUCAACUUGGCGACUUAUCUGCCACGGAACGCGACAUGACGGUCGAGCACUGGAUUCGAUUCAUUGCUAGACGUGAAGCGGAUAAAUUGACGGAUGCAUGUGAAGCGAUGGUGACUCGUCUUGCUGAGGGUGGCAGGCUUGCUCGACUUGCGAUUGAAGCCAUGCCGUAGGUAGUAGGCUAUGUCGCCCAGAUAUCCUAGCAGUCUAGUAGCAGAUGAGUACCCUUGUACGCCAUCUGAAGCUACAUUGCGUCUUCGAUGAUGUCACAGCAGCCAAAGUACAAGAAGCCAGAACGGGGGAGAAGCGACUUGCUCCAGAACAAAGAAGAAACAUGAGUUACACCGAGAAGAGUAUCGUUCAGCUAUAUAGAAACAACAAGCUAACA